CAGAAUUUGUUAAUUUCUGGUUGAAUUCAAUCCAGGAGUUUUGUGAUUCAUCAGAGGAUGGAGGCCCGCCUGUCCUACUGGUUGGAACGUUUGCAGAUAAGAUAGAACAAGAAUCAAAGCAAAAGGCAAUAGAAGAUUUUUUCUAUACAUUGAGAGAGUCGCUUGUUGACAAAGUAACAUUAAGUCAUCUUAAAGAGAAAGACUUUGCAAUUGAUAAUACUAUCAAAGACGGCAACAUUGAUUUACUGAAACAACAAAUUGUCAAAUCCGCUUCGGCACAAUCAUAUUGGGGAGAGCUUAUUCCAGCAAAAUGGAUAACAUUGGAAAACAGCAUUGCCAGUCUGAAAAAUAAGGGUUCAAAGGUUCUACAUAUAGACAUGCUACGGCGUCUGAACAACGCAUUGCCUGUUCCUAUAGAAACAGAUGAUGAACUGAAAUUAUUUUUAAGGUUUCAUCAUGAAUCUGGAAAUAUUCUGUAUUACAGCGAUGAUAACUUAGGUGAUACAAUUGUCCUUGACCCCCAGUGGUUGAUAGACGCCUUCAAAAGCCUUAUAACCGCCAGAAUGUUCUGCUGCAGAAAGCCGAAUAUAUUCGAGAAAUGGAUUAAGUUUAACGAGACGGCAAUUUUGACUCGAGAACUUAUUGAUGCAAUUUGGGAGCAAAAAGAGAAUAUUGUGUUUUAUGAACACAGAGACCUUCUACUAAAUUAUUUGGAGAAACUUGGAAUCAUCGCUAAACCACACCAGCUUCCACGUGUAACUAACGAAACAGAUUACUACUUUGUUCCGUGUGUCCUGAAAACACCACCGCCAGAUGAAUUGUUAAUUCAAAAAGAGAGCACGGACAGAAGGUCCACCAGUAAACUGUGUUUGACAACCGAAUUACGAUUUCUACCCACAGCUGUCUUCAACAAGCUCCUAGCAGCUUGUAUCAACAGAUUGGCACUGCCAGAAUCGGAUGCGAAACAUUUAAUUUUCUGUGGAUGUGCAGUUUUAGAUCUCGAAGGAAAUCAUACCAUUCAUUUGUAUUUUUUCGAUCACGUCAUUCAGAUUUGGAUUACAAAAUUUAGCUCCCAGAAGGAAGAGCAAUCCAAUCGUUUAUGUUCCCAAGUUUACGCUUUUGUCUUAGACAUUCUCGCCAACGGCUUGCACCUUUCGGAUCAUCUGAAGGUGUUCUUCAAAUGUCAGUCUUCUCAGCACAAUUCAAAUGAAAACAUGUUUUCGGAAGAAAGACUUUCAAAAGGUACAGAUGUUGUUUGUCACUGCAGAGCAGGACGGCACGUGUUACAAUCUAAUGAGCUUACCUAUUACUGGCAUUAUGCAGAGGAAGAUCCGGAAGAAAUGUUAACAGAUAAACAAAUUAGUAGCAUUGCUGGAAACAUUGGUAAGGAAUACCAGGCGCUUGCGUUUAAACUUGGUCUAUCCCAAGUUGAGAUUGAUCACAUUAUCAGUGAUUUCAAUAAUGCCGUAGACAGAAGAACACGUAUACUACUUCGGUGGAGAGAUAAGAUGAAAAAGAAAAGGGAAGCUAAUCUGGACACUUUAACAAAAGCUAUGAAAGCUGUUGGAAUUGAUUCGAGAACAGUUUUAGAAAGUGCAGAAUGUCUGUAGAUAUCGGAAACAAAUAAAAAAAAUGGUGGAUUUUAAAAAGAAAUGGACAAAACUUUCUUGUAACUAGAACACAACUAAACUGAAUACUAUUUGCAUUUGUCAUUGAUUAAAGAAGUACGGGACAAAAUGUAUAUAAUGUGCUUCAGAAUAAUUUUUAAAAAUCGUUUUGCAGUCCAGUGUUCUUGUCUAAUCGUGUUUUGCAUUGUUUUGUCAUAGAUUGCAUUAUCUUGGCACCCCUAAGAUUUUCUGGUUUAAAUUGUCUUUUUUUAUCCUAAUCUUUCAUAGUCUUGUCUCCGACUGUCUUGUCUUAUCUCGUCUAGCCUUGUCAUGCCUUAUCUUGACUAUGAUUGAUUUGUCUUAAAUUGUUAUAUCUUAAAUUGUUUUGUCUUAGAUAA